AUGAACAUAUUGGUGUUUUAUAUUAUACUAUCCGCUAUUACAUCUAAAGCAUAUGGCGAUGAAAACAAGUUGUGGGGGAUUGAAGGAAAUCGAAUAAAGCUCUUAGCACCCACAGGCGUGCUUAAAGUAACAAGUGUAGAGUCACUGAACUGGUUCUAUGGUAAUGGUACGAACGCUAACAAUGCUAUCGUUACCCUGGUAAAUCCCUAUAAAGAUCCAUUUUGUAUUGACGUCACUGAGCAAAGCUACGGAGAUUUGAUUAUAGAACAUGUGAACAGAACAUAUUCAGGAUAUUACACCUGUCAGGUUGUUGAGAAAGAUGUAUUUACAUCAUUGGUAUCGACUUAUUAUUUAGUUGUAUAUUAUAUGGAUCCUCCUACUAUAUCAACAAAUUGGAGUACUGAAAACAGCCACGCUACUUUCUUCUGCGUUUGGUCUAGAAGCAAUCCAGAUAAACCGAUUGUAAAAUGGUUCCUUGAUGGCCGUGAACUCAAAUCUACAAAAAAUAAACUAAUGUUAUGUAAAGAGAAACGGAAAGCAACACUUGUUAUUCUUAAAAUAUCUGGAAAAGAUUUAGGGAAUUACACUUGCAGUAUUACUGUAAAUACAAAUAAGGGUGUUAUGAGUAAGAUUUCCAAAGGAUUAGUCCUACAUGUAACCGGUCUUCCGGUCAAGGUAUCCACUUAUACAGUCCUCAUCGUUACAGCAGUUACAUCAUUCAUUCUUGGUUCUUUUCCAACUUGUCUAAUAUGCCACUGCAUCCGUAAAAGGCAUGAACGAGAAAGUCAUCACCAGUAUCAGAGGCAUCAGAACCAAGUGCUACAGUUGAGGUCUUUGCUCACCAGAGCUACCCACCACAGUGACGAUGGUGCUGCAGCCAGAAACUCACCGAAUGUGGAAAAUGUGCAUCCGCUCUUGGUUUGACGGUUUUAU